AUGGAGCCAUCAGAACAUGAGUCAAGCGCCCUGCGAGGUAGAGCCAAUUUAUUUUUCAAUGAUGAUGAGAGCCAUGAAUACACGAAAGAGAACCAUGAAAAACUAAAAGAUGAUGGAGAAGAGGGAGAUGAAUCUGCGGCAGAUAAUCAACACAUUCACAAAGAAGUAGAAGAAGAGGAUGGCCUAUACGAUUAUGACUACAGUAAGAGGGAUAAACCGAUCAAAAGGCUCAAACUGAAAGGUUAUUUAAUUCCGAAUAUUGGUGAGAAAUACAAAGACUAUGUUGAUGAAGAUAUGGAUCUAGCAUUUGUACAACGAGGGGAAAGGGAAUUUUUCGAAUUCCAAAAGACCAUUAAUGGGCAAUUAAAUGAAAGUACCUACGAGCUGAUCAAGACCAACUCCCUAACGCAAGAAACUCUUAGUGCUACAGCAUUAAAAAUGGACAAAUUUAGAGCUGCCUCCAGACUUGUAUUUCUCAAUAGAAGAUAUGGUUUAGAUGAGCAAGGUAAUGUCCGUGACAAACUACGUCAAAAUAGAAUGGUUUGUGAACCCGUUUUUAUUUAUGAUAUGAUCAUGACAUGGCAUUUAAUUAAUGAUCAUGGAAGACCGAGAAAAUGUCAUCAGUUACUAGGGCCUAUGUAUUCCAAUAUUACACGUUUUUUCGUAGAACGAAUUUGCCAAUUUUGUUCUGUCUGUAAUCCCUCCAAGGAGACGAUACCUUUUAAGAAAUAUAAGCAUAUUAAUUGGUUUAAGGGUCUAUUACCAUUGGAAAGAGUACAGGUAGAGGUAUUUGAACCAUUUCCGGGUGAGAAAUUGGGUGGGAAGUACCCUCAGAUUUUAUAUUUUCGAGACUAUCGUUCUCGAUUUAUUUGGAUGGUUCCCUUGAGAAAUUCCAAAUUUGGUCAUUUGGUGGAUCUUAUCAGCAAGAUGAUUUUCAGCAUGAUUAGAAUACCCAUUUUUUUUGAGACAACUACCAUUGAGAAUCAAGAUUUUUUUGAUAUAUUUGAAAAAAUUGUCGAGAAAUAUCAAAUCAAUAUUGGGUUAGGUACAAAAUUGGGAGGUAAACGACUUACCAAUGGUCUUCCUCAGAUUAGGAAACUGUUGGGCCCACAUAAGGAAGAAUGCCUAGCCGAUUGGAUUAUGUGUUUAAAAUAUGGUCCUCAUACUUUCAAUAAUAAGAUGAACGAUAGAGCAUGUGGUGUCCCCGGUGACUUAUUAACUGGAGAUAUACCUGAUCUAUAUACGAAAUCAUAUGAUAAGAUUGAACAGAUAUUACAAGAUUUACCGACUGAGAAUAUUGUGAAGAUUGGUAGAGGUUGUAUUUAUUUAGAAGACCGUAAUCCGGAAGAUCCUGAAGCUGAGUACGAGGCCAACACGGAUGAUGAAUCUGACACUGAAGAUAAUGUUGAACAUCGACAAGAAGAUGAAGAGGAUAUUGGUGCAAUGAUGUCACCUAUGAUAGAUAAUACCCGAACCGAAGACGAGUUAGAGAAUGGUGAAAAGUCCCAUGAGGAUGACAAUCAUUCUAAUGAUAAUGAAGAAGGAGUUACGAAAGUAGAAGGGAGUGUACCUACAACGCCGAAGAGGAGGAAAUUGAAUAAUAAAAAUGUAACGAAUACGCAAGAAACCGAGAGUCCCGAGAUCACUGAACCAUCUACUUCUUACUAUCAGACUUAUCAAGAGACUACGUCGCAGCCCACUAUGAAACAUGAUGACUCUGGAGAUGACGUUGAAUGGAAUAAGUUGGGAUAUUCUAGAGAAAUAUAA